UGGUAUUUUUCUUGAAAAAAAAAAUGGACGGCAGUUUGUCAGAAGAGGCUGAGGCUGUUAGCCUCAAGCAGCAUUUGAAGCGGUUUUACGCACACCAGGAAGAUAGAGUGAAGACCUACAAAGUAUUUGGCGAGGUGUUCAAAGCUUAUCUGCAAGAUGCCCCAAACUACGACUUUCCUACUUACCGUACAUACAUCAAUGAAAUAACCCUUAAAUUUAGUAACCUGUCUCACGACAUAAGGGAAAUAGAGGAUGUGUUGAGGUUGAAUGGGGAAUCUAAACUUGCAGACCUCAUAAGACAGGUGCAACAACAAGAGAAGGCCAAACUUGAGCUGACUACAAAGCUUCAGUUGGCAGAGCAAAAUGAAAGAGAUCACCCAGAGCAAGAUAACAGUGCUGAAGUUAAAGACAUAGCUGCAAGACUACAGAGCACUGUGGCUAAAAUCAAUGAACUACUGGAUGACCUGAAGUAUGAGGCGGAAGACAUUUUGCUAGCAGAGGAUGAAGAGGAGAUGGAAGGCGAUAGAUGAAGUACUUAAUCAUAAGCAUCCUCUGAAACCCAAGAAACGUUAGAGGAAAAUAUCCCUGGAUUUCUGAGGAUGAAUCAAAAGUUGGAAACUUGCCAUUAAUGUAUGGAAGGCUUGCUUUAUUCUAGCUUGCAGGCUAAAAUAAUUCUUUUUUACCUUCCCCCCUCAAAGUAACUCUUGAAGCUUUAAAUGGCAUUUUACAGUAUUUAGCACCUAGCAAGCAAAAAAUAUAUAUUGCUGAAGAUGUGUAAGGCUUUGAGGGUAUGGCUUAUAUGAACAGAAACACAUACUUUUCCAUUCAGUUUCCAAAUUCAGCAUAUUUGGCCACACCAAUUAGAAUUAUAUAAGAUAAAAAAACAGGUUGUAAAAUGUAUUUCAAUUUUAAUUUAAUUAAUAGAGCCAA